UUUAUAGUGAAGUGUUGUAGACCUCUAUAUGUCUAUUGAAAGAGUUGUUGUUUAGUGAAUGCAAUCGAAAGCAGUGUUUGUUUGCAAUCUUGACGUUAGUGUUGACACACAUUGUAUACAAUAUAUUGAGUGUUGUAUUGAAUGAUAGUUUGAUGUCAACGACAAUGACUGCAAUCAAUGGUCACAACAACCGACUCUUGUUUUACGGUUUCAAUCAAGACAUGGGUUGCUUUGCAUGCGGUCUUCACAACGGCUUUCGGGUCUAUAAUGCGGAUCCCAUUAAGGAAAAGGAGAAACAAGACUUCGGAAACGGUGGUAUCGGGUUUGUCGAGAUGUUGUUCCGUUGCAAUUAUCUGGCAUUAGUAGGUGGCGGCAAAAAUCCACAGUUUUCCACCAAAAAAGUGAUGGUAUGGGACGACCUCAAGAAAAAACACGUCAUUGAACUCGAGUUUCAAUCAGAUGUCAAAGCAGUUCGUUUACGUCGAGACAAAAUUGUUGUCGUCUUAGAAAAUAUGAUAAAAGUUUAUACAUUUACUCAAAAUCCACAACAACUUAAUGUGUUUGAGACCUGUAAUAAUCCAAGAGGUCUUUGCGUUUUGUGUCCAAAUAGUAAUAACUCAAUGUUGGCCUUUCCGUCGCGUAAGACCGGACACAUUCAAAUGGUCGACUUAGCGAAUUCUAAUAAACAAAUAGAUGUGUUCGCACACGAGGGUCCACUCAGUUGCCUUUCAUUGAAUCUUUCGGGUACACGACUGGCCACUGCAUCAGAAAAGGGAACUUUAAUCCGUAUAUUUGAUACCUCUAACGGAACACUUCUUAACGAAUUGAGAAGAGGCGCCAAUACAGCUAACAUAUAUUGUAUUAAUUUUAAUUCGGAUUCAUCGUUGCUAUGCGUGUCCUCAGAUCACGGGACGAUUCAUAUAUUUGCUGCCGAAGAUUGCAAGAAAAAUAAACAGUCGAGUUUGGCGUCGGCAUCGUUUCUUCCUAAGUAUUUCAGCUCAAAGUGGAGUUUUUCCCGAUUUCAACUGCCGGUUAACGCACAUUGUAUUUGUGCCUUUGGUGCCGAACCAAACUCAGUGAUUGUGAUCUGUGCUGACGGUAGUUAUUAUAAAUUUUUAUUUAACUCAAAGGGCGAGUGUACUACUGAUAUAUGCGUCAAAUUUCUGGAAAUGACUGACGAUGAAUCCACUUGAAGAUACCAUUGAUUUAAAAGUAUUUAAAAAUAAUACCAACAAAAAUGUAUAUUUUGUGCCUUUUUGUAAAUUGUCAUAAAUUUCAUAAAAUAUUACAAAUCAUUGUUUAGUAAAUUAAUAUAUCAAUAUACAGUAUAUUAAUAUACAGUA